AUUCACUUUUAACUUAACAAACUACACUACACUACUUUCUUCAUUAGAAAACAAUCUAAUCCAUAGAUACAUAUUCAUAUUAUUAAAAGAAUUUCAUUAUUCAUGGGUCGUACUGAUACAUUUGAAGGUAGAUUAGAACGUAAACAACAUUUAAUUGCUGAUAAAAUUCGUUUAACUACAUAUCCAUUUCUUAGAGCAUGUUUAGCGGAAUUUUGUGGUACUGCAAUAUUAUUAAUAUUUGGUACUGGUGUAUUAGCUCAAACAUUUUUAGGUGAUCAUGGUAAACAAGCACAUGGUGGAUUUUUAUCAAUUAGUUUGGGUUGGGGAUUUGCUGUUUAUAUGGGUGUUAUAUUUUCUGGUUGUGGUGGUUCUGGACAUAUUAAUCCAGCUGUUACAUUAGCAUUUUCAUUAAUUGGAAAAUUUCCACUUAGACGUGUACCACUUUAUACUAUUAGUCAAAUUUUAGGAGCUUUUGUUGGCUCUCUUGUUAUAUAUGGUGUUUAUUAUGAGAAAAUUCAUGAAUAUGCUGUAACUCGUGAAAAUGGAAGUUUUAUAGUAAAGACAACAGGUGGUAUAUUUGUAACAAAUCCUGGAGCAUCACAUUUAACAUGUUUCCUUGAUCAAGUUCUUGGUACUGCAUUGUUAGCAGCAGGAGCGCUAGCUAUUACUGAUCGUAAUGGAUGGAAACUUCCAGAUUAUUUACACCCGCUACAUUUAGCAUUUCUUGUUUAUGCUUUGGUUGGAUGUUUUGCAUUGAAUGCUGGAGCUGCAUUAAAUCCAGCUCGUGAUUUAGGACCUCGACUAAUGAUACUGAUGUGUGGUUGGGGUGGUUCAGCAUUUACUUCAGGGAAUUAUUUCUUUUGGGUACCUAUAUUAGGUCCAUAUAUUGGUGCAGUGAUAGGAGCAAUUCUUUAUGAAUUAACAAUUGGUAUACACCUUGAUCGUAAAUCAUUAUCAUCUUCACCACCGCAAACAAUUACACCAUCUGGAGAGCAAAGAUUUGAUCUUGAUUCACCUGGAAAGUCUGGUACUCAUUUAUUAACUCGGGGAUUAUAAUAUAUAAUGAAGUGUCGAUACUGUGCUACACUGUAAUUGACCUGUUACUCCUUGAUUCUAAUUCUGAUUGAAAUUGAUAUUCUUAUUAUAUUUGUGUAUGUGUACCAUUUGGUUGUUUACAGUUGUUCUUUUUUUUGUGUGUUGAUAUAGUCUCUCUACUCCAUCAACCCUUGUUUGAAGUGCUUUUCACCAUAUUCAAUCCUUAUUUUUUAUUACAGAAACAUUUUUCCCUAUGAAUACUUUUCAGCUUUAAUGUAUACAGUUCUUUACUUGUGGAAGCCGAUCGAAUAAAAAGGCUAUCACUAUCUUCUAUUCGUUCUAUUUCAUCUUCAAUUUAGCCUGAGAAAAAAAAACCCUACCUUACCCUUACUGAUCUGUUUGUUCGAUACCCAUUUAACAAAUGUGAUAGUCUUGUUUUUCCUUUUUUUUUUACAGAACACUAUUUUGAACAUUAUCCCACCCUUCAUUGAUAUAUUCGAAGUAAGUAUAUAUGCACACUUUUCUUCAGUUAAAAAACACCACAAUUAGUUUACUUGUUUUGUUUUCAUGAGAAAGAAUACUGCACUCUGAAAAAAAUUGAUGUUUACACAUAGAAUUUCUAUGUUCAACAAGAAUAAUGAUAAAAGAAAAAAAUCUUCCCAUGGUUACUAAUUAUAUCAUUAACAUCAGUUGAUAUGCAUAUGUAUUUGUCUUUUCCAAUCACAGUAAUAAUAACAAUAAUAAUGACAAAUUGCAUGGGAACACUUUAGAUGGUUACAAGAAUAAUGCUACUAAUGAAAUAAGUUUAUUGUUUAUUUAUUUAUGUUUUUUCGCUUUACCCAUCCCCUACCCUUUUUUGUUUUUAGUUUAACAAUAAAACAAGUUCACAUU